AUGAAUGACCAAGCUAUGAAUGAGGAAACAACUUCAGUUAUCAUGAAUCCAGACGGUACAUAUACCGCUAUUCCUUAUGGUGCCACUGCUGACAAUGGACAGGUUUACCUGUCUCUCAAUGACCUAGGAAUACAAAACGAUGGUGAUGAGAUCAUGGUGAUAGCUGCGGAUGAUAAUAUAGAUGUCGCAACGCUGGAGAAUUUAAUUGCUUCUGGCGCGGUAACAACCGUCACUGGUGAAAAUGGAACCGAAUACGUUCAAAUUGGUGAUCAAGGCCUUAUUGAUGGAACUCAGUUGUUUGAAGUGGCCUCAGACCAAAUGCAGUUUUAUGAUCCUACCACUAAGACCUAUUACGGUGUUCCUAACAUGGUUUCUGGUGCAGCUGGACCUUUUGUAAAUCUGUCUAAUGCUCAGCCUGGUGGAAUAACUUAUAAGUGUCCAUCUUGUCCUGCUCUGUACUCUAAUGCCAAUGCAUUCACUAAACACAUGAGGGAGAAGCAUUUCGUGAAAGUCUACACUUGCCGUCAAUGCGAUGAGUUUUUCGAAACCCUAAGCCAACUCUUUUUACAUGCCCGUCGUAGUCAUGUCGACCCCAAGAAACCAAAGCGCAACCCUGCCAAUUACAAAUUCCAUUGCGACCAGUGUAGUUACAUGACCAAUAAUGGCGGUACAAUGGAACAUCAUAAACGAGCUCACACUGGUGAGAAACCUUUUGUUUGUGAUGUCUGCAAUAAGCGUUUCGCUCAAAAAGCUAACAUGAAAACCCAUCGUAAUCGUCACAUUUACCGAGAUAAGAUUUUUCGAUGUGAAACUUGUAACAAGGCUUUUUCUUCAUACGAUAUCUACCUGGCUCAUUUGAGAACUCGUGAGCACGAGUUACGAGAACAUUUUGCAAUGAUGGCCUCUUCUCAACUUCAUCUUGAAUGUUUGGGUUGCUCACUAUCAUUUGAUAGUAUCUAUAACCUCAAUAAGCACACUCGUGGCUGCAGAAUUGUUCGAUCCUUGCAAACUAAAUUCCGUUGCCUACCUUGCAACGCCUAUGUCAGUGACGUUUCCGCCCUUAAAGCCCACGUCAAAGCACAUGAAGGAAGUCAAAUUAUCUCGUGCCCAGUUUGUGGUGAGCGUGGUUUCCCGGGUUUCAACCAACUUAACCACCACAUCACUCGUGCCCACGCUCUUAAAGUUAAUCGUCGACAUGUAUGCCGUUAUUGUGAAAGCACCUUCGAACAAAAGAAGGACCUAGAUGCCCAUAUUCGUAGCAUGCAUGCUGAGGAGAGGAAUGCUAGGCAGUCUAGAGGUGCCGUUGGUCGACUCAAGUGUCGAUACGAACCUUGUGAAUUCACAACAAACUCGAUUAUGCUCUUGGAUAGGCACCAUGAUCAGCAUAGACGACAGGAGGAAGAUGGUGAAGAUGGUAUGUCAUUGCCACCGGCUCGUUAUGCACCAAGUACAAAAAGGAGGCGAUAUAGAGGAAGCAAGUUUGAUACUCUUUAUGGAGAAGAUGAAGAACAAGAAUUCAUUGAGGGAGAAGAAUAUGAAGUUGGCGAUGGAGGAGAAAUGGCUAGCGUUUCUGAUGGAACAGUGGUAAAACCAGCAAAUCGAAGUGAACUGGCGGAGGAGUCAAUGGAAGAUGAAGAGGCUUUGAGACCUUAUGUUGGAAAGAAGGGAGAACCAUCUUCAUCUCGCCGUUCAAUGCACACUCCAUCUAUAUCAAGACACCAUUUGGCUCACCAGACAGCUUCAGCACCUGCCAGCCGUCGGGCAACUCGAGCUAGACGUCUUCCAGCUUGGUACAAGGAUUACGAUACAGAAUUCAUUGGUGGUGGUGAUGAGUCUCCACCACAUGUUCCUGAUUACCCCACUAGGCGGUACACUCCAACCGUUCCCCGUGCUAAUGAAAUUGAACAACUUACUACUGCCCUUGAGGUGCCAUCAACUGCUCUUAAUACUAAUGCUGCUGGAGAUGCGCCUGUAGAAGAGCAGGUCACCAUUCCAACGGAAGAGUGGAACGUAGUUGUCUAUGACGACGAGGAACCAAUCACCAACGAGCCACAACAGGUUGUCGUAGAAAUCCAUCAGCAAGAACACCCUGGAGCCACUUCAUAG